GUCAUUAAAUGAAGGGUCUGUGAAAAGAUCACCCUGGAUUAUCUGGGUGGUCCUACAUCCAAUGACAGUGACCUUACAAGAGAUACAUAGAGGAAAAGACAAGAGGAGAAGCCAUGAGACAAUGGAGCAGAGAUGGGGGUGAUGUGUCCACAAGAUGAGGAACACCGGGGAUCGCCAGGAAGCACCAGAAGCUGGGAGAGAGGCCUGGAUGGACUUCCCCCUGGGGUGUCCAGAAGUACCGCCCCUGCCCACCCCUUGAUUUUGGACUUCUGGCCUCCAUAAUGUGAGAGAAUAAAUUUCUGAUGUUUAAAAGAAACAAAAAUAAAGUGGAGACUGCAAAUAUUGCUCAAAUAAAAACACCACCUAGGCUUUAUGCAUCAUUUUCUGAUAUAGUUGGAGAAUUAUUACUGGGUAAAGAUGAAGGGCUGGACUUCCUUACUCAAAAACUCGUGCAGUUUAUCUUAAUUCUUGUGCAUCUGAUGAGAACUUCCUCUAGAGCCAGGAAACUUUGCAAGUAUGAAAUGAUCUGAAAGGAGGGAGUAAAGAAGGAAGUAACCGACCUACAUGAAAAAGAGGAACAAGUUCUAAACAAAAGCGGGUUUAAAACAUAACCAAAAGAACAAAAGAAAGCUCGGCAUACCAAUCUUAAGCAGGCACGUGGAUGGUAGAUCGUUCAACCUUCCCUUCCUUGAGUUUUCUGCUCUGCUAUUAGUUUCCACUCAUUUGUGUUUCAUUUUGUGAUUCAUUGAUAGAAAAGGAAGCAGAGUUGAAUGAAAUCCCCCCGACACGGUGCAAUUAUACAACAACAAUUGUAUAAUCAUCAGCUACAACAAGAGCCAGCUUCCAAAAUCAGGUUUACUCACCUCUCCUCUGUGUACACCAGGACUUUGCCAUGAUGUUCUUUCAUAUCUGAAACAGAAAUGCCUAAAAGAACUUCCAAAAUUACUUUCAGACCAUAUCCUACAAAGAAUUACAGUGGACUGUACCUGUGAAUUCAUUAAGGGCUACACCAUACUACGAAACAAUACUGUGCAGAAAUGCUGAAAAGCUGUGGAAAUACUUCAGUGGCCGUUUCCAUAGGAAUUUCCCUUCUUUUACUGUUGGUGAUCUGUGGAAUUGGGUGUGUUUGGCACUGGAAACAGCAUAAUACAAGGCAACUUACCUUACCAAAGUUUUUGCAAAGGAGAAAAAAGAGAAAAGACCAAAGUAAAAGAGUCUCCUUGAGCUCCCAGGUUAUCGGCCCAAGGCAUAAAAUCUCAGUUCAAACCCAAGACCACAGCUCUGCUGGGGAGGACACUAACACACAUGGCAACUAUGAAAAUGUGGAAGCGUGUCCUCCCCAAGCUAAAGAAGAAACAGACAAGGGAGUAUAUGAAAACACUUGGCAGACCAAUUUCAAGGAACACAUCUAUGGAAAUGAGACACCAUGUGACUAUAAUACCCGCCAGAAGCCUGGUACUUCUGAAGAACCUCAAGAUGAAGACAUAUAUGUUCUUCCGGAUUCUUAUUAACUUUUCAAAAUGUGGGUUUAGUUAUUGGAGGAUAAAUAUUUUCUGGAACUUUUAUUGUACUGAUAACAUUAUUAAUCAAGUUCUUCUGUUCAAACUUAAUGAUCUCUGUUUUAUCUCCACCCUUCCGAAUCCUCUCUGCAUGUAUCACUGUGGAUUAACUCUAGCUAUCCUCUCCACCCUCCUUGCCCUGGAUUAAUUCUGCAUUAUGUCUUACUGAUUCUUCCUUCUGAACAUUACUUGUUAUAUUUUUCUUCUUUUUCUAUCUCCACCAUCUUUUCUGGCCCAGGAUUGUUGUCCCAGUCUGCUAACUAGUCUUUCUGGCUCUAGUUUCUACAUAAUCAGUGAUGCUGCAUCUAUCCCCAUGAUGUUGCCCGAUUCAUCUGCAGAAAAUAUUCCCAACGGCCACAUCACUCCUUUGCAUAUAACCUCUUAAGGUCGCCUCUUUGUAAAAGACAUACUACUCAUAAUUCUACCUCCAGAAUUCAUGACUUUACACAGCUGGUUCAAAUUCACUUUUCCAGUGACUUCUACUAAUCUCUCACUUCGUUUUCAUCAGAAUCAUCUGAAAACCUGCCGAACCCAUCCCUCCUCCACAGCUUUGCUUGUCCACCCCCUCCUAAGCCUGCCUCAGAUCAUAACUUCUUCCACAAGUCUCUUGAAUCAUUCCAAACCUACAUUUGCCUUUUUUCUUUUCCUGAUCUCCUAUAGAUUUGGCUGCCUAUUCAAUUCUUUGGGCGUUUAAACAUAUGAAUGUUUGCAAUGGCAUUUUAUUAUUUAGUGUCAUAUGACGAUGUCUUAAAUUCCCUACUAAAUAGUCAGGAACUGUCUCAUAUUCAUAUUUUAGCUCCAAUGCUUAGAACGCUGUGUGAGGCACUCAAUAUUAUUCAGUUGACAAGAAUUGAACUGUAUAGUUUACUAAGUCCUUUUGAAAACAAUCUAAUAAAUUCGUCCAUCCAAGGAAUA